CACAAGACCUAACCUAACCUCUGCACGCCCAAGCUCGGAGCGUAGCGCUAGGGAACACCUAGCGCUAGGGAAGGUGGCGGGACGCCAUUGGUUUCGUCGAGGGUAUCGGGACUCAGCAAACGAGGAAUGGAACUCAGGGAUUUUUCGUGUCACUCUCCGUCCCCAAAUCCCUCUUCCGUCCCGAUCGAAGAACAUAGAACUCUCUUGCCUCCUUAUUCAUCUGGGCUCCGUUUUGAUCGAGUUCAGCGGCAGCUGGUAUUGAGAUCUCUCCUUCAAGCUCUUAGAGGCUUAGUAGUUACCAUCGAUUUCAUGGGAGUUCCUAUCAAACACUACCGUCAGUUCUGUUCCACUUCGUCUUCGUCUUCGCUUCCAUGGAUCUCUCCUCUCCACUAUCUCAAGCCCACAACCCCAAAACCAGACCCUCCAACCCAAAGCAUCUCUCCAUCUCCAACGCAGGAAUUGCGCAGAAAACCAAAGUUCAUAUCUCACGAAUCCGCCCUCUCUAUGAUAAAACGUGAAAAAGACCCGCAGAGGGCUUUAGAGAUCUUUAACAUGGCGGCGACUCAGCGGGGCUUUAAUCACAACCACUCGACAUACUCCACCAUCAUUCACAAGCUUGCCCAAUCCAAGAAAUUCAACGCCGUCAAUGCAAUUCUUCGUCAGAUGACAUUCGAAACCUGCGAAUUCCAUGAGGGUCUGUUCCUUAAUCUUAUGGCCCAUUUCUGCAAAUCUUCUCUACACGAAAGGACACUUGAGAUGUUCUACGCCAUCCAGCCAACUGUUCGUGAAAAGCCCUCACUCAAAGCUAUCAGCACUUGUCUCAACCUCUUGGUUGAAUCAGACAGGCUUGAUUUGGCCCGGAAGCUUCUCUCUUAUUCGAAGAAAACUCUUGACUUGAAGCCCAACACAUGCAUUUUCAAUAUUUUGGUUAAGCAUCACUGCAAGAAGGGUAACCUUGAUUCCGCUUUCGAAGUCGUGGAAGAGAUGAGGAAGUCUAAAGUUUCCCAACCAAAUUUGAUUUCGUACUCUACUCUAAUGGGUGGUCUCUGUGACAAUGGGAGACUCAAAGAAGCAAUCGAAUUGUUUGAGGAGAUGGUGUCCAAGGAUAAAAUCUUACCCGACUCUCUAACCUACAAUAUCCUAAUCAAUGGUUUCUGCCGAGAAGGAAAAGCCGAUCGUGCUAGAAAGGUAAUGGAUUUUAUGAGUAAGAAUGGAUGUCAGCCAAAUCUCUUCAAUUACUCAGCUCUGAUGAAUGGGUUCUGUAAGGAAGGGAGAAUACAAGAGGUUACAGAGGUUUUCAAUGAGAUGAAAAGCUCUGGUUUGGAACCUGAUGCUGUUGGCUAUACUACUAUAAUUAAUUGCUUCUGUAGGGCUGGAAAAGUUGAUGAAGCUCUCAAGCUUCUGAAAGAGAUGAAGGAGAAGGAUUGCAGAACUGAUACUGUUACCUUCAAUGUGAUACUUGGAGGUCUAUGCAGAGAAAGGAGGUUUAAGGAAGCGCUUGUGAUGCUUGAGAGCUUGCCCUAUCAGGGUGUUUAUCUGAACAAAGCAAGUUACAGGAUUGUAUUGAAUUUCUUGUGCAAGGAGAAGGAUAUGGAAAAUGCAACCAAAUUGUUGAGUCUUAUGCUGGAAAGGGGAUUUUUGCCUCAUUUUGCUACUUCAAAUGAGUUGCUCAUCAGUCUCUGUGAGGCUGGAAAGGUAGCAGAUGCUACAGAGGCAUUGAUUGGGUUAGGAGAGAUGGGAUUUAAACCAGAGCCUGCUUCGUGGGUUCGGUUGAUUGAAUCGAUCUGUAGAGAAAGGAAACUGUUGAGAGCAUUCCAACUGCUUGAUGACUUGGUUACUCCAGAAAGAUGAAGCACGACCAAAAAAAAAAAUUGUCCUUUUCUGAUUUCCUCAAAUUGAGAGGAGAGAGUGCAGUGAAGAAAAUCUACUGCCUGUGCCAGAUGAGAGAGAGUAGUCUUCCGAAGGAAAUGGGAAACGGCUCAAGGACAAGAAUGGAUAAUGGAUGCUAUUUGAUUAUUUCUGCAACCCCUUUAUUGGACUACUUGAGGAUGGAGAAUUUUGAUUCGUUCUGUAGCAUCACCUCUGCAAAUGCAUGUUCACAUAUUCAACUAUGCCUUUCUUAUGCAAAUGGAUCAGUUUCUUCUGCUACAGUGCAUCAAACCCAGAGAUUAGAUUUCUUUGACAUCAUUCUUCAAACUUGAAACUCUAUAUAACCAAGGCUGUAAGGUAGGGGACUGAGAAUCUGAAACUGAGCAACAGAGGGAAUCUUGUGGCAGGAAGAUCAGGGGCGGAAAAUUGGAUGUGAAUCAUUCGGAUCACACAAUACCAAUGUCUGAUUGCAAUUUCAGUUGAAAAAGAAAAGGAGCAGCUCAACUACAGGCAAAUUGGCUUUGUUGAGAUUUCUAUUUGUUAAAUGCUACUGAGUAC